CAGGACGAGUGAAAUGGGUGGCGGAGGCAGCGCGCGGACCAGAUUGUGGCUUUGAUCGCGUGGCUUUCCAUAGCGACAGCGACAAUCGUGAUCGUGAUGGUGACGUCGCGCCGCCCAGCCAGAGCUCGCCCAUCCGCCAUCACUUGCACCACCGCCUGCUUGCUUCAUCUUCUCUCCCUCUCCCCAAUAACAAUCCAUCCAACCCACCGAAACACUUCAAUCAACCUCAUCACACCACCCAAACAACUCCAUACCACACACCACCUCCACAAUGGCCACUCUGCACUACCUCCCACCAGUCAAGCCAUCGGCUAUCGCCCUCGGCACCGUCUUCAACCACGUCGCAUCGCUCGCCAUCCUCGGCCCAGUCUUCGGCGAGACCUACCGCAAGGCACAAGCCGCCAACAGCUCUGAGGAGUUCUUCAAGUCAAAGGAGGCCGCAUCUGCUGGCGCCGCCUGGGGAACUUCGCUCGUCGGCUCUGCCAUCCAGUCAUAUGGUGUUGGUGCUCUCAUCAACGCUACCGGUACUCUGUCCUACAAGGGAGCUGCUUACCUCGGCGGUCUGAUCUUCUUCGCUUCGUCUGCCCCAUCGUUCAUCGCACAAAUCGCCACUGAGAAGCGCCCACUCGACACCGUCGCCGUUGGAGCUCUCGCCCGCGUCUUCGAGACUGUCGGUCUCUCGCUCUUCCUCACCUACUGGGGAACCCGCACCAACCCAUUGGACUCUCGCCUCCAGUAGAUGGAGAAUGUAGCGCAGACGCUGCGAGAGGUUUAAUAUCUUGACGAAGCAAGCGAGGCUGUGCGUUCGGCGCAAAAGUCACAUCGAAGUGUUGGAGAUGGCGGACACACAGAAACUCCUUUAGCUACUCCGUUCUAUGUAUGCUCAGCUACGGGCUUCUCCCUGAAAUGAUACGAAUUCCUGUAUGUUAUGAUAUGUGUAGUGUUUCUCCCG